ACUGAGGGGGUGGUGGUGGUGCCGGUUGCUAUGGGGAGUCUGUCCUCCGGCUGCCGCGCCCCCCAGCGGCCGGGAGGAGGAGGAGCGGGCGUUGGCGAGUGCGCGGUGCGGCGGGAAGGUGAGCGUGGGAUCAGUGCACAGCAGUAGACACAUCAAUCCGCCUCCUUUCUAAACCCUCCUUCCGGGGGAAGCUGCUGUUGUAUAACCCUGUUUUAUAACAGCGGCCGGAGAGCAUCUGAGAUUGACUGCAUCUUUCCUAAAGUUACACGAGGCGCGAAUAUGGUCAAAAGGAAAGGGUCAAAAACCCAAGCCUCAACCCAGACUACCUGCAAAAGAUUGAAGAAGGACUGCAGCAGAACUAAAACUGUCAAAGAGAGCCCAGUGAAGUGUGCAAAGCAGCUGCCUCCUGAUGACGACAGCCAGGAUUUUGAACCUGAAAAGCCUCUGGCAAAGCCUAAACGUUGUGGAAGGGGCACAGCAAAGGCGGACACCAGUCUGAGCCCUCAGGGUAAGAACGCCGGAGGAAAGAAACUGCCGAAAACCAGGGAGAGAAAAAGAUGCCCUUCAGUCAAAGAAGAAGGCAGUAAAGAGAUACAACGUGCUUCAGCCACCACUGGGAGCUGUAUUUUUAAAACCCGCUGCUUCAUGCUAUACAGAGAGAAGAGAGAGCUACAGUUUGAGGACUAUCUCCGUCGAAUGAUAAACCGUUUUACUCGGAACCUACGCAUUGACAUUCACAAGGUGCACCUUCUGUGUCUGCUGGCCAACGGUAUGUUCCGGAAUAGAAUGUGUAAUGAGCCAGAGCUUCGGGCCUUGGCACUGUCCCUGGUACCUGCUGAACUUGCCAAAGUGCCAGGUGGUCGUGUGCAGAUUGCAUACAUCUCUAAACUGCUCAAGUGGUUUGUAUCAUCGUUUGAGAUUGACACUUCUCUCCCCAACAGUGCGGCGGACCCUCUUCUCAUGGUGCUGAAGAGGAGAUUCAGCAGCCGUUCCGCAAGGAGUGAGCAAGAAAUGGUUCAUUUGUUUCUAAUCACCCUUCGAACUCUCCCCUUGGCAUCACGCCUUGUGAUUUCACUGCAACCUGUUCCAUUUAAAGAAAAUUCAAAAGCGAAGAACGGGAGGGACAGCAAAUCUAAAGAUAAUUCCCGAAAAAUUGGUAAUUCAGCACCAGACACUAAACAAGAGUCUGUGCCUGAGAAAGGAGCAAAUGGAGGUGUCGUAGUUAAACUGGAGAGGGAGCAAGAUGGUGCAGUGAAGAUGUGCACUGAGAGAGAAGACGAGACUCACCCUGCAUCUAAAAGGAACCCAGGAGAACAUGCAAAAAGGAGGGGAAAUGCUAGAAGGAGAACUAAGAAUGUCAAAAAUCUUGAUAGAGGUUCUGCUGAAUCUGGAUUUGAGGAUGAGGAGUGCCCACUAUCCAAAACAUCAGUCUCUCCACGACCAAAGAAUGAGCGUCGACGGAGAGUGGCUUCGAAAGUAUGUUACAAGGAAGAGGACACUGAAGGAGAUGAUGGUAGCGAUUCUGAUUUUGAGGUUGGCGAUGGUUCUGAUUCUAACAGUAAUUCAGAUAGAGAUAAAAGGAGAAAGCGAAUCCCUUCACAAAUGAAGUCUCCCCAAGGUAAGCAAACAGUCGUAUCUUCAGUCUUCAAGACUCCAAAGUGUGAGGACAGUGGGGACGAUGAUUUUGAGAAUAUUCCAGCGAAAACUAAACCCAGUAAGAAAGGGUCUUCAAAAUGCAACAAAACCGAAGCCAACAGCAAAGGUGGAAGAAUGAUUAGUGAGGUGUCUUUGAAUUCAAAAGGCUCAGAUCAAUGGAUUGAGGUUUACGUAGAGGCAGAGAAGAAGUGGGUAGCAGUUGACUGUGUACGCAACACUGUAAACCAACCGGAACUCUGUGCUAAACUUACUUCCAAACCACUCUCCUACAUUGUCAGCUUUGACAAUGAGGGUUGUGUGAGAGACGUCACCCAGAGGUAUGAUGUGGCUUGGAUGACCACAACAAGGAAACACCGUGUUGACUCUGCCUGGUGGGACCAGACUUUGGCAGCCUACAAAAGCAGCUGUACAGAGCGUGAGAGAAAGGAAGACCAGGAGAUGCAAGCCAAGAUGCUCAGCCAACCGUUGCCCACGUCUGUAGCCGAGUAUAAAAACCACCCUCUCUAUGUCCUGAAAAGACAUCUGCUGAAAUAUGAGAUCCUGUAUCCUCCGACAGCAGCAAUCCUCGGCUACUGCAAGACAGAGGCCGUGUACUCGAGAGACUGUGUGCACACACUUCAUUCCAAGGACAUCUGGCUAAAGGAAGCCCGUGUGGUGAGAGAUGGAGAGGUCCCCUGUAAGAUGGUGAAAAGCCAAUCAAAUCGAGCACGGAAAGCCCGAUCGGCCAAUUGGGAAGAUCGAGACAAGGACGAUCUUGGACUUUUUGGCUACUGGCAAACGGAGCCCUUUUCUCCACCAAGUGCUGUCAAUGGGAAGGUCCCCCGCAAUGAUUUUGGAAAUGUCUAUCUCUUCAAACCCUCUAUGCUUCCCAGAGGCUGCAAGCACCUGAGGGUUCCCAACAUCAACCGAGUGGCUCGGAAACUGAACGUCGACUGUGCAGGGGCAGUCGUUGGAUUUGAUUUCCACUCGGGUCAUUCACAUCCUGUUAUUGACGGGUACAUUGUGUGUGAAGAGCACGUUGAGAUCUUGUUGGCAGCUUGUCAGGAAGAAGAGGCAGAAAUGGCGAGAAAAGAACAAAAGGUGAGACGUUCCUGUAUGGCGGUGGGUAAUGAGUGA